GGCUGCACAGCAGGGCAGGGCCACACAGUCACUGAAGAGCAGCUGCAGCAGAACAUGAUGGUGCUUUGAGGACUACUCUACCAUGCAGUCCACCAUGAAUUUCAAUGGACUUCAACGCCAGGGCAGCCAAGACAAUUACAUUCUGGAUAAUACUCAGAGGAAGAAAAGUUCUCUAUGGUACCGGCGCUCACUGAGGGGAAACAGUGAUCGACACCGGCAGAACGCAAACUCUGUGCCCAGAGUAGGAACUCUGCAUUUCUCCUUUUGCAGCCCAGACAAACCCUGCUCCAACUCCCUGGUUGAUUACUCUGACCCACAAAGGACCACAAUUGCACUGGAAAAACAAGACAAUGAAACAUUUGGUUUUGAAAUUCAGACCUAUGGCUUGCAGCUAAAGAACAGCUCUGCAGUGGAGAUGUGCACCUUCGUGAGCAAGGUGCAGGAGGACAGCGCUGCUGAGAGUGCUGGCUUGACCGCAGGAGAUAUUAUUGUCACAAUCAACGGGGUCAGCAUUGAAGGCUCAUCUCAUCAGCACAUACUCGAUCUGAUAAGAGAAUCAACCAACAGCUUAAAGAUGGAGACUGUAUGUGGGAAUGUAGUGAAGCAGAUAGAACUGGAGAAGAGGAUGAACCUGCUUAAGCAAUCACUACGUGAGAAGCUGUUGGAGCUGCAAGCACUUACAUUACAGGAAAAACGUCUAAUGCGAGGUCACCUAAAUGACAGUAGCUUUCACCUCUCUAUGGACUCUUCUUUGAGCUCCCCCUCAAGCCACCGCGCCCGGCGUUUUUCCAGCGACAGUAGCUACAGGAGUGUGAUGACAGACGACAGUGACCAGGCCAGUGUGUUUGGGGAUCUGUGCUCUCCCAGCCCCUGCAGCGCAGCCAGCAACACGGACGACAGCUGCUUCUUCUCCAGAGAUUUUCCCUCACAGGACAGCUCUGGCAGGUUCUCGUCGAGCUCCAGCCAUCAUCACCAAUCCCUCAGCCGCUCCAGCAGUUCCAGUUUGGCCGGCAGCAGCAGCUCCCUCUCGCCUUCCUGGGAGGAAACAAGGAUCUCCUCAUUGUUUGGUACCCUGCCCAGGAAAAGCAGACGAGCCAGUGUUCGCAGACACAUCCUCAAGUUAAUCCCUGGACUCCAAAGAUCUGUUGAAGAGGAGGAGAUGGGAACAAACACCCAGUGACUUGUUGUUCCUUUCAUUCAAAGGCUUAACAAGAGUGUACACUGAGACUCUGUAAUGAAGUGUUUACACUCUCUUAAAAGGUUGGCUUAACCCUAAACUCUUGGGUUAACGCUCAGUUAAAAAUAUAUUUUUUAAGUGUUUGCUCUAAUGCAGACACAGAGAAGAUGGACAUUGUGGCACUUGGCAUUUGUCAGUGUCAAAGGCUUUCUUAAGAGGGUGCUGAGCCUUUAAGGUGAACCUGGCUCAGUGUUUGUCUUGGACUCACGGCACAAAAGCAUUACGAAAAUGUAAAAUAUUCUCCCUUUGAACAAUUGUUUGAAUGAAUGUAUGCACCAGAUUGUGAUGUAUAAAAGAUGAAAUUAUAUAUCCUACUAACUUGAAUAUUUUUUUUCCCCCAUGCCAUAGUCAUAGAGUGUGAUAAGCAUUAAUCAGAACAGUUUGAAAUGCAGUAGCUGUAUUCAUGUAGCACCCUGAAUUUUAAAAUGAAGCUGUUGUGAUUUAAAAUACAUGAAAAUCAUUCACUUAUUUAGUCAGAGAAAGGUUUAAACAACACUUUUGUCACGUUCUGGUGCUCAAAACCAAAACCUACAGAGCUCUACACCACAUACAUGGCUGCUCAGUUCAAAACAGGAUGUGGGUAUGAGAGUACUACUUACCUGUUUUCAUUUCCAAAAUUAUUUGAGAUCAUAUACAACUUACUUUCGAUGCUCAGAGACACUGAAACUGCUUCUUGCUAAUUCAAAAUGUACUGAAAUUUGUAUGCUGUCACUUGAAGUGGAAAGAAAAUGCAGCUUUUUAGACAUUAUGUUUUAUGAUAAGAUCAUCUGUAUGCAAAAGGCUUUUUCAAAGAUAAUAAACUUGUGAAGUUACAUAAA